UGGUGUAGUUUUGCGUGUGUAUUUCUCUCUCUGCUCGCGCCGUUUCCAUUCCCUUCUUUUUUUUCACUGGAGAAACAAACAGAAAAUCAACUACAAUCCCCCUUUUUUACCGUUUCCCUGGUAAAGUAACUAAGAGCUGAAUCUUAUGGCUUCCUCGUUGGUUUCUCCUUCCCCAGUUUCUUCAUUCAUCAGGAACAAGGAGGGUUCGGGCUUUUCUUCUUUUCCUUCAACAUUUCAAAUUGCCAUUCAGAAAUGCAAGAAACAAGUUUCGAAGAAAAUCGUCUCGGUCAUGGCACCCCAGCAAUCUGAGCGUAAACCGGCUACGACUGGCUCUGUGAAGACUAGAAUGACAAUGACAGAGAAGAUUCUUGCAAGAGCCUCGGAGAAACCACAGUUGAGUCCAGGUGAUAAUGUUUGGGUUAAUGUUGAUAUUUUGAUGACACAUGAUGUUUGUGGUCCUGGUUCCAUUGGUAUCUUCAAGAAAGAAUUUGGUGAAAAUGCAAAGGUUUGGGAUCGUGAAAAGGUUGUUAUUAUACCUGACCAUUACAUAUUCACCAGUGAUGAACGUGCAAAUCGUAACGUUGAUAUUUUGAGGGAUUUCUGCACGGAGCAAAAUAUCAAGUAUUUUUAUGAUAUAAAAGAUCUUGGUAAUUUUAAGGCGAACCCUGAUUAUAAAGGAGUAUGCCAUGUUGCACUUGCCCAAGAGGGUCACUGCAGGCCUGGAGAGGUUUUGUUAGGGACAGAUUCUCACACCUGUACUGCCGGAGCAUUCGGUCAAUUUGCUACUGGAAUUGGAAAUACAGAUGCUGGCUUUGUAUUAGGAACCGGCAAGCUUCUGCUAAAGGUUCCACCAACUUUGAGAUUUGUAAUGGAUGGUGAAAUGCCUCCUUAUCUGCUUGCAAAGGAUUUGAUUUUGCAGAUCAUUGGUGAAAUAUCUGUAGCCGGUGCAACAUAUAAAUCCAUGGAGUUUGUUGGAACAACUGUUGAAAGCUUAAAUAUGGAAGAACGGAUGACGUUAUGCAAUAUGGUUGUUGAAGCCGGAGGAAAGAAUGGAGUCGUUCCCGCUGAUAGUACGACAUUCAAGUACCUUGAGGAUAAAACAUCUCUGCCAUAUGAACCGGUUUACAGCGAUGCACAAGCAAGUUUUCUUUCCGAGUACAGAUUUGAUAUCUCAAAGUUGGAGCCAUUGGUGGCUAAGCCGCAUUCUCCUGAUAAUCGUGCUUUGGCAAGAGAAUGCAAAGAUGUUAAAAUCGACAGAGUAUAUAUUGGAUCUUGUACUGGUGGGAAAACCGAAGAUUUUCUUGCUGCUGCCAAACUCUUUCUAGCUUCGGGAAAGAAGGUCAGAGUUCCCACAUUCCUUGUCCCCGCUACACAAAAGGUUUGGUUGGACUUGUAUACUCUCCCCAUACCCGGAUCCGGUGGAAAGACGAUGUCCCAGAUUUUCGAAGAAGCUGGCUGUGAUACACCUGCAAGCCCUAGCUGCGGCGCUUGUUUGGGUGGCCCUAAAGACACAUACGCGCGUAUGAACGAACCUAAGGUCUGUGUGUCGACAACAAACAGGAACUUCCCUGGUCGCAUGGGGCACAAGGAAGGCCAGAUAUAUCUUGCUUCUCCGUACACAGCUGCUGCAUCGGCCUUGACCGGUUAUGUCACCGAUCCGAGAGAGUUUUUGCAGUAAGAGGCUUGCAGUCGUAGGAAUAACCAGUCUGAACAAUUAAAAAACAUAAAAUGUUAAGACAAUGGAGAUUUAUGUCGGGUUGUACUGGGCUUGUCAUGUAAGAUCUUGUUGUAUCUUGUUUCAUCAUCACCUGCAAGAAAUGCAAUAACCGGGGAUCAUCUUUUUCAAUGGAGGUUUAUGUUUGAUUAUUAUUAA